AUGGUCGACCCAGCGCUACCGAAGCGAAUUGUGAUCGUCGGCUCGGGCGUCACGGGCCUCACGGCAGCGCGCACCAUCUGCAAGUACUCAGACUCCCGCGUGACCCUGGUGGAGGCCGCGCCGCGCCUCGGCGGCCACGCCUACACGAUCGAUGGGCCGUCCGGCGAGCGCAUGGACAUUGGCUUCAUGGUCAUGAACAACCUCACGUACCCCAACUUGAACAAGCUCUUUGCCGACAUUGGCGCCGAGGUCGAGCCGUCCGACAUGUCGCGGUGGGCCUGGACGCUCCGCAACGUCUUCCGGCCGCGUCUCUGGCAGUUCAUCUCGGCGCACGGUGAGUUCGCCAAGCGCGGCCUUGCGUUUCUCCAAGACGAGACGCCACGCACGACGACGACGCGCGAGUUUGCGGUUGGCCUCGACCAGCGCUUCGUCGACAAGUGGCUCGUGCCCUUCAUCUCAGCGGUCUGGAGCACGUCCCAUGAAGGCGCGAUGGACUUCCCGAUCCAGCCGCUCCUCAAGUUCAUGCACCAUCACAUGUUCCUGACGCUCGAGACCGUCGCAUGGACAACCCCGGCGAACCGGUCCGAGACGUACGUGCAAAAGCUCGUGGCGCUCUGCCCCAACUUGGAGGUGCGCACGUCGUCCAAGGCGAGCCGCAUCGACGACGACGCCAAGGAGCUCGUGCUCGAGUCGGGCGAGCGCCUUCCGUACGACGCGCUCAUCCUCACGUGCAGUGCGCCCGAAGCCGCGGCGCUCCAGCCGCCAGCGACCACGCGCGACUGGCUCGCCAAGUUUGAGACCAACCCGUCGCGCAUCGUGUGCCACACGAGCAGCACGGGCAUGCCGACGCUCAAGGAGGAUUGGUCGUCCUGGAACGUCGCGGGGACGCCGGCCGACGGUCCGCAGGUCACGUACUGGAUCUCGCGCCUCCAGAACCUUUCCAACGACAACGUGUUUUUGAGUUUGAACCCGGCGACAACGCCCGAGGGCACGUUCUUUGAGACGACGCUCGCGCACCCGACGAUGAACCAGUCGGCGUACGAAGGGCAGCUCCAAGAAGCAGCGUUCCAGGGCCAUAAGAGCGUCUACUUUGCCGGCGCGUGGCUUCGCAACGGCUUCCACGAAGAUGGCGCGGUCUCGGGGCUCUUGGCGGCGCGCCGCGCGCUAUGCCGCGACGACAUUCCCGUCGAGUUUCCGACGCUCUCGGGCCUCCCAGCCGCCAGCGUAGUCGGGUCGAGCCACCAUGCGCGCCUCCUUCCUGCCGACAAGGCGUACACGAUCGACUACGACAUGCACUUGCACAAGUUUGACACGCGCUGCCCGCCGCCGUCGUUCCACCGGCGCGACCACUUUGGCGACGUGCGCGUGCCCAUCGACACGUGCGUGCGCCGCGAGCUCGCAUCGCGCCUCAACUACUGGCCCGCCGGCAAGAUCGAGACAAUCGUGAACCUCCGGUACCUCGGUCUCGGCUUCAACCCGCUCACGCCGUACUUUGCGUACGACGAGGCCGGGACGCUCCAGGCGCUGCUCGUUGAAGUGCACAACACGCCGUGGAACGAGCGCUGUCUGUAUGCGAUGCGCGUUCUGCCCAACGACGUGCUGGCGCCUGCGGUCCAUCCCAAGAUCAUGCACGUCUCGCCCUUCAACGCACCGCCGGGCAAGCCGACCGUCGGCGAGUACGAGUUCAAGCUCGUGGGCACGUCGAGCAUCACCGUGACGCUCCGCGAGGUCGACACCAAGGCUGUCAUCAUGACAGCGUCCUGGAAGGUCGACUACAACAAGAGCCACACCAUCCGGACCGGCUCGUGGCGCACGGUAUGGCAGAUCUAUGUGCAGGCCGCCAAGCUCUUUGCCGCCGGCAUGGCCAUGCACGCGUACAAGGCGCAGCCCAAGCUCAGCCUCCUCUCGCCGAUGCUGUUUACGCCCAUCCUUGCGUUUAUGACCGUCGCCAUCGCGUUCUUCCAAGCCGACAUGCUCGUGUCAUCCCUCCUCUUUGGCGCGCUCGGACCGCUGCUCGCAAUGCACCACCGGUACCACGGCGCGCUCAUCCCGGCCUCAGGCCUCGCCUACCUCGUGCUACUGCUGGCGGCGCUUGUCGCGGGCACGUCGACCAACUUUAACGUCUCGCUCGCCAUCUCGUCCGUGCUGGCGUUCGCCGUUUCGAUCUUCUCGACGACCCCUGCGGACGCGCUGCGCCUCUUGAGCUACGGCAACUUGGCGCUUGCGUCGGCUGCUGUCGCGUCGCCACUGCCGCUGUAUGUGACGGCGAGCGCAACGUAUCUGAACGUCUUGUACCUCUGGGCGGCGCGCCAGUCCACGGCCAACGCGGUCGGCGGCUACGCGAUUGCGACGCAGGCCGCGCUGGCGAGUAGCGUCGUGCAGAGCUUGCUUGCUGCGCCGUCCGAGACGCUUUUGGCAUCGAGCCACAGUCUCUUGGCGACGCACCUCGGCUUUAGCUUUCUCGAGCCGUCGUCCAACUGGGAGUUUUACGCGCAUGCGAUCAUCGUGGGUGUGAUUGCGCUCCUGCACCCGUGGGAACCAGUGCUCUUCUCGUGGCCGCUGCUUACGGGCUUGCUGCUACUGCAAGCUGGCGUUGGCACGGCAUGGGCUUUCCUCUCUCGGUCGCCGGCGUUUCUCGCGAAACGGGAUGCGCUCGUGACGCACGUGCUCCAGGCUGCCGUGCUCGCGGCGACGUCGGGCCGCCUCCUCCUCGUGCAAGAGGUGCCGGCGAACCCGACCGCGCAAGUCGUUGUUUUGAAGCAGCCGUUCGCGUUUUUUGAAGCGCUCCUCGCGAACGGCGAGCUCGGUCUUGGCGAGGCCUUUGUACGCAACGAGUGGGAGCUCGGUCCGAACGCGACGCUCACGGACGUGCUCCACACGCUCGCGGCCGCGAACCUCCAGGACAACCUCGUCGUCUUGCUUCUGCCGUACCUCUCGCCGACGUUCUACUUGCGCCGCGCGGCCUUUCUCCUCAAGUUUGGCGACCUCGACCGGACGCAGUCGGCCAACUCGAUCGCCGAGCACUACGACGACGGCAACGCGCUCUUCAAGGCCUUCCUCGGCGACGACAUGGUGUACACGAGCGCGAGCUGGGACGGCCUCCCGCCCAACGCCUCGCUCCGCGACGCCCAGCGCCACAAGGUCCAGCGCAUGCUCUCGCUCACGCAGGCGCAGCCAGGCGAAAAGCUCCUCGACAUUGGGUCCGGCUGGGGCUUCCUUGUCCAUGCCGCGCGGGAAGCGGGCAUCGAAGCCACGGGGCUUUGCAACUGCCGGUCCAUGGUCGCGGCGGCGCGCGAGCGCUACGGCGACGCGCUCUUCUCGCUGCGCGACUACCGCGACAUUCCGGCCACGCACGAGUACGCAGCGGUGACCGCCGUCGAGAUGAUUGAAGCCGUGCCCGCAGCCCACUAUGGCGACUUUGCGGCCGCGUGCUACCGCGCGCUCAAGCCCGGCGGCCGCGUCGUUCUGCAGGUCAUCCACGCCUACGCGUUCAACAACCCGGUCGCGCGCAGCCGGACGCCCGUGCCGCUGGGGACGUUUGUGACGACGCACAUUUUUCCCGGGCAGCAAGUGCCCAACUUGGAUUUCCUCCACGAAGCGUUCAUGGAGCACAAGUUCAAGCGCGUCUUCACCGAGACGCGGUCGCACGACUACGCCGAGACGCUGCGGCUCUGGGCCGAGAACCUCGACGCGUACCGCCACGCGCUGCCGCCGACGGUCUACCGCAAGUACAAGUACUACCUCAAUUGGUGCGAAGUCGGCUUUAGCAUCGAGAAGCUCCACCUCUCGCGCGUUGUCUUUGAAAAGCCGCUGGACGAACCCAAGAAGGUCUAGAGUUAAAUCGAGUCGAAAUAUACAUUUAUGCAUGCGUGGA